UUUCCCCUUGAGCGGCUGGACUCGAGCGUUGCAUGCCGGUACCUGCAGUCCCUGCUCCUCCCUUCACGGAGCCGGCAGCGCCUGGGUGUGGGGUUUUGAGUACUACAACUCCCAUACUAGCGGUCCUUCCAUCUCCCCCUCUCUCUCCCACCAGACCAGAGCCUGUGAGCUACAGCACGGCUUGUCUUGACGAAACCCCCUCCCACCACCACCACCACCACCACGGACUUUCGGAACCGAAAAUCGUCGAGCUUAGUGAAUUGUUACCAACGGGAUUAAAAUCCUUUCCUCUCGAUGCACCCAUAGCUCCUUUACUGUGGCUCCAACGGAAGAAAUUCUUGUAAACGCACAUCUGUGGACACACUCAAAGGAAUGCUGUGUUGAAAAAAAAUACGCCUAUGCAGGUGGAUCUCUCACCAAUGAAUGUAGGGGAUGGAGGCACAGUGAGCAAAGAGAGCAGUGCCCUUACACAGCUGUCAGAGAGCAUGGUGGGGAAUCCACAGCAGACACUGCCUCCUGAACUCAGAGGAGACGUGCCUCACGGACAGCAGAACAAGCUGAGGACAUCUACAGACUGCAAAAUGCCUGGCGUCUGCUCAGAUGCCAGCAAGGCUAGCAAGACCAGCAAUUCAAACCAUUGUCCAGAAGUCCCUCCUUCCCAUCUCCGCAACAAUGCGGUGUUCAGCACUGAUUCUUUUAGCACGCCAUUAACCGAUAGGACAGAAGUUCCCAAAGCCCAGGCUGAAGGUGCUGCUGCCUACCCGACUCAGCACUGGCCUUGCGGUAAAAAGGUUGACUCGGACGACUUGAUGAGCUUGGUUCACAAUAGUGUGACCCAAAAUAAGAAAGCUCCUCAUAGUACUGGGCCUACCCAACCUGUUAUCAGCCUUUCCCCAGGAUUUCAAUGCUCAAACCUCUUUAAACCAGGCCAACCUGUUGCUUACCUUCCAUCUGCAAACUUUGCUUCUUCUCUUUGUAAGAUCACCUUGCCUCCAGGAUUGGGCCAGAUUGCCGCUCUGAGAGAAGCCACGGCUAGUCAGUUUCAAAAGGACUGUCCAGUGCCUUGUUCUGGCUCGAGCACGACUACAAGGGUCAAAACAUAUCCUUAUCAGUUUUCUGUGGGUCAAGGCAUUGCUGAGAAGAAACCACUGUCAUCCGCAUCUAAAGGCCGAUGUGAACAUGUUCCUAAUGCAAAGGGCCGCAAAGGGGUAGGAGAGCACAAAUCAACAAUUUCCUCUGCUGUUAGCCCAGCUAUUGCUCUCCCAGCGCAACAGGCCACACAAGCCUCAGCCUCACUGACUCAUUAUACUAUCUCUCCCACUGCUGCCAUCUGCUGUAGCUCAGCACUGGCCAACAUUACCACACAGAGCAGGCUUCUAAGCCUCGUAGAGAAAUGUCCUCCAUACAGAGGAAUCGAAAAGACUUCUGUGGCAUAUUUGAAGCCGAAGGCUGUAUCAUCUACUGAGGAACACAAUGCUCUGUGUCCUCCAGAGGCCAGAGAUGUACCUCUUGAUUUAUCUUCAAAAUCCAAGCGGCAAAAAAGCAUUAAGGAUGCUCAGAAUAGCCCGACUGCCACAAAUGAGCAAAGCUUAUUUGAGCCUCAUCAAAAGAAUUCCCAUGCCCCCAAAAGGCCUCAGACUUCCACUUUUGGUUCUGCCUCUACUUACCCCAAUCUACCAGACACCCAACGAAAUGGCUCGGCCCAGAGAUCCACCUCAAAACUCAGCAAUCACAAUUUGGAACCCAGUGCAUCAUGGGGCAAAGGCUCAUCUCAAGGUUCCUUAAACAACCUCCCAGGAACAUAUGUAGGUGUAGCAAGCCCCAUACUAGCCUCUACCUUGCGCAGCAAGGAUGGGAAAAGUGCUGCUUUUGUUGAAGAUGUUCAGAUAUUUGCUAAGCAAGAGACUAUUUCGAUUAUUGAUCAAGGCGAACAGUUAGCCUCCAGAGGGAAGAAGACACCUUUCACAAUAAAAGGUGAGAGGCAAAAUAAAGGUGGUAAGCAAUUUGGUAGUACUUCUGCUAGUACUACCUCCCCUGGAAUGCAAGAGCUUUCGUCCAAGCCACUAUUUACUUCUCCAACCUCACAAUCCUCUAGGACUUCAGGUGGAAAAGCAGGGAUUCCAUAUACACCUCCAGGUAAACCCUUGUGGCACCAACCACAUUUUCAGGGGAUGUCUUUACAGAAGCGACCAGCUCAGGGCCAAGCCCCAUCUAAGGUCAAAGGCAACCUGAGUUGCGAUGGCCCCUUGUUUCCAAAAUGUGAACUAAGCCCCACUAAUGUAAAGGAUGAAAAAUGGGAGAAAACCCAUUCACCUCUAUCCAACCUGGAGUCAAUAGUGAAGCAGAAAGCUCUUGAGACCACUGCACUGACUGGAGAAACCUAUUGUAAUCUGUCAACUGCGGGAUCCAGGAAGCCUGAGGUGGUCAACUUACUCAGCAGGUCUCAGAACCCUCCAGUGCAUCAACCUGUGGCCACUGGCUUUACACCCUGCGGAACUUCAGAGCUGCAGGACUGUAGCAAGACAGGUAGCAAUUCACCUUUUACAGAUGCAACAGUGGACAAUAGGCAGGAGGUGACAACUGUUUUUGUGCCCAAGGAGAAGUGCCAUGACAAACAGGCAAAGCAAUUAGAAAAUUUCACAGGCCAAAAAUCAGAGCUUAGCACACCUAAGAAAAGAUGUGCAUCCAAUAUUAAAGCUGGCAAGAAGGACAGCAAGCUGGCUCCAGAUCCAGAGGAGAAAGCCAGAGAAGACCCUGUAGUGCAAAGAGAACUCACACCUAAUUCGGAGGUUGAGAAUAUAUCCAUCCCUCAGCACCAUACUACAAUAGAGGCAGAAGGAGAGAAAAAAAUGAAUGGUGGUAAAAAAGAUAGUGUUUCCAAAGGAAAAAUACCUGUCACCAAACAGAAGAAACCAAGGAAGAAGAAGACCUCUCCUGAAACGUUAAAAAAGACUGCACCACUGAAGAAAAAAGCUCGGAUGAAGGAAAGUGCUACAGUAGUUCAAGUCCAUACCUCUAAAAAAAAGAAGGGUACCUCAUCUACUGCAGAAAAGAGCCCACUGAAGGAGAGCCUACUGAAGGAGAGCCCAUGUCCAAUCCCUGAAGGUGGGACUAAGAUUCACAAAAGAAAAAGUGCUCUGGUUAAAACUGAACAACCAACUUGCAGCAAACCCGAUUUUGAAAACAGCCCAGGUGUGCAGGUGGACCCUGCUUCCCUCACCAAGACUGAUCAGCCCAGUAAAGAAUCUAACUUGAAGCAAGUGUCCUCUCCAAGGCCAAAACGAGGGCGUCGGCGCACCGACGAUGCUUUGCUCCGAGACUGGAGCUUCGCUUCUCCUCCUACUCCUCCUCCUCCUCCUCCAGAAUCCCCAUCUUCCCCACUUUUGCCUGUUUUCCCGCUGAGGCGACCUCGGGGAAGGCCUCGUCUCAAUCCCCUGCCUGAAGGUGGGGACCCAGACAACAUUAGACCUGCUCAGCUGGCAGAGGGAGGAGACCUGGCCUCUGCAAAAAAGAGAAAGCGAUGCAGGAACCGCAAGUACCAGAAUGGGGAGUACAUUACAGAUAAGGAAAAGGAAGCCAACGGGGAGAAUGAGGAGAGUUUUGUCGAUGGAGAGAAUGAAGAAACGGUCCUUGUUUUUACAGAUGUGGACCCUCCUCUUAGUGCCACUUUGCCAUCUGAAGAUUCAAAUCCUGACCUCAGCCCCAGGAAGUCCCUGAACACCCGCUCAGGGACCAUCCGACUUCAUGAGAGUCCAUCCACCCAGGAAUUUAACGACAAACCUCCAGGAAAGAGAAAGUUCAAAAGCAAGCACUUGUGUGAUACUGAGGAACAGAAAAAGCUCAAGAUCAAACGAGGUCUUACGGGGAAGCGCUCCUCAUCCCUCUCCGCAGAUGAGGAAAGCCCUAAGGCCAAAAAACCUUCCACUCCUUUCUCUGCCUCAAAGGAAUCAUCAUCUCCUGUUCCUAAGAAGAAAGGGCCUGGAAAAGCCGGGAUCCCCGAAUCUACACCAAGCCGUCCUGUACCUCCAGAGGUUCGCCGAUUGAUUGUGAACAAAAAUGCGGGGGAGACUUUGUUACAAAGAGCUGCUAGGCUGGGAUACCAGGACGUGGUGCUGUAUUGCUUGGAGAAGGAUGUGAGAGAGGUGAACCGCCGGGACAAUGCUGGCUACACAGCACUGCAUGAGGCCUGCGCUCGUGGUUGGACGCACAUUGUGCAGGUGCUGCUGAAACAUGGUGCCGAUGUCAAUUGUAGUGCACAAGAUGGGACACGCCCCAUUCAUGAUGCAGUCGCGGCUGAUAGCCUAGCGGCAGUGUGGAUGCUGUUAAACCAUGGUGCAGAUCCAACACUGGCCACCUACUCUGGCCAAACUGCUGUUAAAUUGGCCCAAAGUCCCAGCAUGAAAACCUUCCUCAAAGAGUACUUCACUGACCUAGAAGGACGCCCUGACCAGGAUCCAAGUCUGCAGUGGGAUUUUUACAGCAGCUCUGUGUUUGAGACCGAUCAGGAGGCCUGCUGGGACUUCCUGCUGUCUCAACCUGAAGAGGAAGACAAGGAAGAAUUGAGAGAGCAGGGAAAGGAAAAGGACAUGGACUGCCUUUUGUUUGAGUUCUCCUCUGAACCUUUAUUACCCUGCUACCAUGUUCAAGUAUCUCUAACACAGGGGUUUUGCAACUGGUUUCUGCUGUUGGAUGUGUUGAAGCGCCUGAAGGUCUCAGCUCGCAUCUUCCGUGCAAGAUACCCUCAGUUUGAAGUAGUGAGCCUCACAAGGGCGGAGCUUUGGAGGCAGGUGAAUGUUAGCCAGACGUGCAUUUCUCCAGAUGAGCUGCGACCCAUUGCUAAGGAGGACAAUGAAGAAACAGUCGAGCUGGUGCGCUGCGUACCGGAGCUACAGGGACUGCUAGGUUCAUCCAUUCAGCUGCUCCAAGAGGAUGACAAUGAUGAUGAGAGUUCAGAGGUCAGAGGUAGCCUCUGCAACCGAUAGCGAUGUCCUGAGUUGUGUGAGUAGCUGUACACAGGCAUUUGCACCUCCUUAUUUACUGGUAGAUGCACUGCUCCUAAAACCAGCACUUUGUAUGUACUCUAUCCGCCAAAAAUGGCUCAUCAAAAACGGAUGAGAUCCUCACAGAACACACCGUUCUCCCAGACUACCUUCCUUUACAGCAGCAGAAGGGGCCUUGUUAGACUGACUUAUCUUGGAAUCACUCACAGGAGCAGGGAGGACUCUAGCAAAGCGGACAAAGUCAAUUUCUGUUCCCAACCUGUAGGUAUUUUUCACUGUUCAGUAACUUCUCUCAAAUCUUUUUAUAUGUAUAAACCUAUAAGAAUAUGUAAAUAUAUAUGUAUAUAUUGACAUCAGGGUGAGCCCAGUUUGGUUGUAAUUUAUCAAUGAUAUGUUUUAAUGUUUGUUUAUUCCUGGGGUUAUGUGAAUAGUUUUGAAAAGGUGCCCAAGGCAUUUUUCUUUUUGUUUUAUCUUGGUGAACUAAGAGGUUUAUGGCCAGCUCAUUGUGGCAGGAAGGACUCUGGGACAGAUGGUUCCUCUGUAAACCAGUGAGUCUCUCUUGCUCUCUGUUUCUGUUUCUCUCUGUGAGGACCCCUAACCCAGAACAUAUGUCGAUCAGUCCUGCCCUCCUUUACCUCACUGUACUUCGGCUCACGUUGCCACCACAGCUCUGCUUCCAACACCUCAACUAGAUGCAUUAAUCUUGGUUGGUUUCUUUGCAGUGUAGCAGGCAAAGUAUUGUUCUUUCAUAUUUAUAAACCCAGUUAAUUCUAAUUUUCAAGGCAAGAUAUAGACUUAUCCAUGAAUGAGUUUUAUUUUAUGUUUACAAAACCUAAAGAGAUUGUUGGAUAUCAAGGUAUGAAGGCCCUUGUGUAAGCAAGAUGAAAAAGCAAACCUGUGGAAUGCUUUUUUUUUUAUUUUGAGAUAUUUCUAGGGACUUUGUUUUGGAUGUUGGUCACAGUUCAAGGUCAUGAGGAGAGGAGGCCUCUCUUACUUAGCUUGUUUUCCCCAGUGUACCUGGUUCCAGCAAGCAUUGUGGUGCAUGGUGUGUUUUAUUUACAUGGUUUGACUGUUUGUGUUUAAUUUAAUAGUCAUUAAUAUAUUUGACUUUUUGUGUAUCAGACAAAUGAUAUAUGAAAGUUGCUUUGUAUGGUUGGUGCUUUAUUUGAAAUGUACAAUUAAUGAUCCCUUUACCCUACGGAUGUUGUGUUCUCCUUCACUCCAAACAGUGUUUUAACAAGCAAAAGUACAGUUUUAUUGUACUGGUGCUAAAAUAGAUUUUGUGUUGACAAUCAUUGACCUUUUUUUGAACUGAAACCAAUAAAUACUAUUUAACUGAAGAGUGAGAAAUGUAAAGAGAGAGUUUAGUUUCAUUACCAAUGGAGGUCCACCAAGCUGUGAGAGAGUACUUGAUUUUGAAGGUUUAUUGUCUGUGUGAUGCGCAAAGGGGAUGUGUUUAUCUGAUUCCUUUUUAAAAGAAAUUGACCAGAAUAAAGCAUGAUUGUCAA